AUGGAGAAACAAGUUCGUCCAGUGAUAUCAUUCCGCACUGGCAAGUAUAUCACCUACAUCACAUGUUCACUGGCCUUCUACUUUGCACUCUUCAGCGAUUACUACGAGCCAGGUAAAGAGAAAGAUACUGUUGUAACUGGUCUGAGGAAUUACCAUGAUAAAGUAAUGUCUAAUUUAUUGGGAUUUGAUGUCCGCGAGUCACUCAAGAGCUUGAGGAGGGCAUUGACAUUCGAGACACCACAAUUGCCACAAGAGGCCAUAGACAAGAUCAAUAGAUUGAAACAAGAGCAAGGUAUUGCACCUGUUGCAGAAGCAGCUCCAACACAACCAACAGCAUUCUCAAAGUUAUUGUCCAAUGUGGAACAACCAAUCAAACCGAUAUUGUCAUCCGAGUACAAUACAGAGGAUCAGCGAAUUGAUGAGAUAAUCAGAAGAUCAAAACUGGAAACCAAGGAAAUGGAAGAGAGGCUGGAUAACUUUAUGAAUAAUAAUAACAAGGGGAAGUAA